UGUAUCUCCUGUUGUUUCUUAUAUGUAAGUAAAGAAGAAAAUGUUAUCCAUAUGACACGAGUUUAUCAUUUAAACACUGAUCUGAUUCACACGGAGCUGCAUGAACAAUGAAUCUUUCAGAGAGUUCAGUCAGAAGCAGUGAUUCACCAGAGAUUCAAGCUGAUGUGUGUCAGCUGAAGAUCGGAUUCAUCGGAGCAGGAAACAUGGCGUUUGGAAUCGCGCAGGGCAUCAUCGCGUCAGGGAAGGUUCCACCUUCUAAUAUCAUUAUUAGCGCUCCGUCCACGAACAACCUUCCUCGCUUUCAGGAGAGAGGCGUCUCUGUCACUCACUCGAAUGAUGAGGUUGUCGAACGCUCUCGGUUGGUGUUUCUGGCCGUCAAACCUCACCUCGUUCCAAAGGUUCUGAACGGAAUCUCCCGGAAUGUCACUCAGGAACACAUCAUCGUUUCCAUGGCAGCUGGAAUCACUCUAGAAACACUUGAGGAGCUGUUGCCUGCUGGGACACGUGUGGUUCGUAUGAUGCCAAAUCUUCCCUGUGUGCUCCUGGAAGGCGCGCUGCUCCUCGCCUCAGGCUCGUGCGCUGGAGAGGAGGAGGAGACUCUCCUAAAGACCCUCCUCAGCCCGUGUGGAUUGGUGGAGGCGGGGCCUGAGCCCUGGAUUGACGCCCACACGGGCUUGAGUGGCAGCGGCGUCGCGUUUGUGUAUGUCUUCGCGGAGGCGCUGGCGGAGGGUGCCGUAAAAAUGGGGAUGCCGAGCUCUUUGGCUCGACGGAUUGCAGCUCAAACAAUACUGGGCGCUGGAGUGUUACUGCGUGACACCGGGAAGCUCCCGGCGGAGCUGAAGGCCGAGGUGUGUACGCCCGGAGGGACCACAAUUCACGGGAUCCACGCACUGGAGAAGGGAGGAUUCAGAGCGGCUGCGAUGGGAGCCGUAGAGGCGGCCACUGAAAGAGCCAGAGAACUCGGAAAGAAGAACUGAAUGUACAUCAGAUUAUAACAGGGACUUAAAACCAUUCAUGUCUUAUUUUAUGCACCAAGAUGUUUUGAAUGUUGACUACUGGUGCUAAGGGAUGCCGAGCUUUGAUAAUUGAUUCAAAGGUGCUUUUUAAGGUACAGUACUUACAACUGGAAUCAUCCAAGGAUGAGAAGUCCAUGUGUUUUCUAUGUAAAGCGGAAUAAAGUCUUAAGGCAACAAUAUCUAUAUAUAUAGAGACCCAGAAA